AUGGAUCAUGUAAUGCAGUUUGUAGAGCCAAGUCGACAGUUUGUAAAGGGCUCAAUUUUCCUGGUUAAAAGAUGCACCAAGCUUGACCGAAAAGAAUUCCAGAAGAUCGCCAUGGCCACAGCGAUAGGAUUUGCUAUCAUGGGAUUCACUGGUUUCUUCGUGAAACUGAUCCAUAUCCCUAUUAAUAACAUUAUUGUGAGUGACUGA